ACGCGGAUCCGCUGCGGGAGGAAUCUAUACAAGUGCUUCUCUUCCGCCCGCGGCGCGAGAGAGAGAGAGAGAGAGUGAGCAAUGGCGGCUUACAGGGCGGAGGACGACUAUGACUAUCUGUUCAAAGUGGUGCUAAUUGGGGAUUCGGGAGUGGGAAAAUCGAACCUUCUCUCGAGGUUCACGAGGAACGAGUUCAGUCUGGAGUCGAAGUCCACCAUUGGGGUGGAGUUCGCCACUAGGAGCGUAAAUGUCGAUAGCAAGGUCAUCAAGGCGCAGAUUUGGGACACCGCAGGCCAGGAAAGGUAUCGCGCCAUUACCAGUGCUUACUACCGAGGAGCCGUAGGUGUAUUGCUCGUCUACGACGUCACUCGACACGCCACCUUCGAGAAUGCCGAACGAUGGCUGCGCGAAUUAAGGGACCACACCGAUCCAAACAUAAUCGUCAUGCUCAUAGGAAACAAAUCCGAUCUCCGCCAUCUUGUUGCUGUUAACACAGAAGAUGGUAAAGCCUUCGCAGAAAAAGAAUCACUCUAUUUCAUGGAGACAUCAGCACUCGAAGCCAUCAAUGUCGAGAAUGCAUUCGCCGAGGUCCUAACACAGAUCUAUCGCAUUGUGAGCAAGAAGAUGAUUGAUUCAGGUGAUGAUGGAGCAAGUUCUGCUCCCAGCAAAGGGGAGAAGAUAAAUGUCAAAGAUGAUGUGUCUGCUCUUAAGAAAGUUGGCUGCUGCUCAACUUGAAGAUAUAUCAUAUAGCUUUAUUAGUUCUUUAGCAUCUUCAUAUUUUGUUUCUUGGAACCAUUUUCUCUUGUGUUUUUGAGAUCUGAAACAUCUCAAUGCAGCUGUGUGAUUGAGGAAUGAGGUAGAGUGGUUGAGGAAGAAUUCAAGUAACAAAUAUGGUAGAAAAUCAUGUUUUAUGUGGAAUCCAUUGUGUUAUUUAUCUGAAGUUGUAUUUUAGGGAGGUUUUCAUUUGUAUAAUAUUGCUUUAGUUUGAUUUUGUUCA